CACCGGUAGUGGAAUCCUAAUAGUGUUAUUAUUUUUUUCAUAUUCCCACUUUUCACUACCGAUCUAGGAUUCACCGGUAGUGGAAUCCUAAUAGUGUUAUUAUAUUUUUCAUAUUGUCAUUUUCAUUCCCAAUUUUCAUACGCGUUCAAUCUCCCUCCCACUGCAAACUCUCCAUUCUCAAUCGUCCCAAGUUCUUCCAAAUCGUCCCAAGUUCUUCAAAUCAAACACUCCAAUUUCCCAAUCAUUCUCCAAUCUCUCCAUUCUCCAUUCUCCAUUCUCCAUUCUCCAAUCUCUCCAAUUUCAUUCGGUUUCAUUCUCCAAACCCUAGAAUGCUUGAAUCGCCUCCAAAUUUCUUCGUUUUUAUUCGGUAAAGGGGUUGCUGUGUUAGGCGGUGAUUGCUGCUCCUGCGUUAGGCGGUGAUUGCUGCUCCUGCGUGUUGCUUGUGCUGUGCAGGGGCUGGUGUUGCUCUUUUUUGGUGUUGUCAUCUUUGUUUGAAGUUAGAAGGUUCAAUCACGGUCUCAUCUACAGGUAUGGACCGUAGUUGGAUGAGAGCUAAUCGAUUAAGUACUGAGUACAGACAUGGAGUGAUGGAAUUUCUACAGUUUGCGGAAAGUAAUGCUGAACUAGAACGUCCUCCUCCUGAAUUUCCUCCACUUUUUCUAUGUCCGUGUAUAAAUUGUGCAAAUAAAGAACCAAAACGUACUAAGAAAGAAAUCAUGAAUCAUCUAAUUUGUGACGGGAUUUGUCAAAAUUAUACACAAUGGAUAUGGCACGGUGAAGUAGUUGCAAUGCCAAGUGUGUCCCAUAGAGAAAGUGGUAGUGUGGAUAUCGAUGAUCGACUGGAAGACAUGAUGCGUGAUAUUGGAGAAGAUUCGUUUAAGAGGGCGCAUGUGUAUGAAACUUUAUGCAGUGACAAGGAUGAACCAUUGUAUCCGGGAUGCACAAAUUUUACCCGUUUGUCUGCGGUGUUAAAAUUGUUUAAUUUGAAAGCAAAAAAUGGGUGGACCGACAAAAGUUUCACUGAAUUGCUUGAAUUGUUGAUACAAAUGCUUCCAGAAGGUAAUGUAAUGCCAAAUCGUUAUUACGAGGCGAAAAAAGUAUUGUGUCCAAUGGGUUUGGAGUAUGAAAAGAUACAUGCAUGCCCUAAUGAUUGUAUAUUAUACCGAAAAGAGUUUGUAAACUAUAAUCAUUGUCCGACAUGUAAGGCGUCUCGCUACAAAAAGAAAGAUGGUGAUUCUAGUGAUGAUGAGGUGACCAAAACGGGUCCUCCCGCGAAAGUCGUAUGGUACCUACCAAUAAUUUCAAGGUUCAAGAGAUUGUUUGCUAAUGCAAAUGACGCAAAGAAUCUUAGAUGGCAUGCAGAAGAGAGAAAAUGUGAUGGCCAAAUUCGCCAUGUAGCUGAUUCUUUGCAAUGGAAGAAAAUUGACUCUUUGUUUCCAAAUUUUGGCAAAGAGUCGAGAAACCUUAGACUUGGACUUGCUACUGAUGGAAUGAAUCCGUUUGGUAAUCAAAGUACUAACCAUAGUUCAUGGCCUGUUCUCCUGAUGAUUUACAACCUAUCUCCUUGGUUGUGCAUGAAGCGUAAAUAUAUUAUGUUAUCGAUGAUGAUUUCAGGCCCAAGACAACCAGGAAAUGACAUAGAUGUUUAUCUAAGUCCACUAAUUGAUGAUUUGAAAGUGUUGUGGGAGGAAGGAGUGGAUGUUUUUGAUUCGUAUUCUGGUGAACAGUUCAACAUGCGUGCCAUGUUGUUUUGCACCAUCAACGACUUUCCGGCAUACGGCAAUUUGUCUGGGUAUUCCGUUAAAGGGCAUAAUGCGUGUCCCAUAUGUGAAAAAAAAACAUGUUAUAAGCAACUGAAAAAUGGAAAGAAGACUGUUUAUCUUGGCCACCGAAAAUUUCUAAAUCGUUAUCAUCCAUAUCGUAGAUUGCGAAAAGCUUUUGACGGAGACCAAGAGAAUGGUGUUGCUCCAACGCCCUUAACUGGAGAGGAAGUUUAUGAACGACAACGAGACAUUAAUGUUGUCUUCGGAAAGUGCCAAAAGCCAAAAGGGAGAGUGCCAAAAGCGAAAGUGCCAAAAGCCGAAAGUGAAAGUGUCAAAAGGAAAAAGCAGCCUGUUGUGAAAAGUAUAUGGAAAAAGAGGUCAGUGUUCUUUGAUCUUCCAUAUUGGUCUAGUCUUGAUGUAAGACAUUGUAUUGAUGUGAUGCACGUGGAGAAAAAUGUAUGUGAUAGUGUAAUUGGAACACUUCUCGACAUUAAAGGCAAGACAAAAGAUGGUGCACAUGCUCGUCUUGAUAUGGAUUUGAUGGGUAUACGACAAGAGUUAUUACCACAAAAAAUCAAUGACAAGACAUAUUUGCCUCCCGCGUGUCACACUUUGUCUAAAGACGAGAAAACAAGUUUUUGCAAGUGUUUACAAAGUAUCAAAGUGCCACAUGGUUACUCGUCAAAUGUCAAGAGCCUUGUAUCAAUGAAAGAUCUCAAAUUAAUCGGCUUAAAAUCUCAUGAUUGUCAUGUCUUGAUGCAACAACUACUACCUGUGGCUAUUCGUGGGAUAUUGCCCGAUAAUGUUAGGAAAGCUAUAUGCAGGUUGUGCUUAUUCUUCAAUGCAAUAUGUUGUAAAGCAAUUGAUCCAUUGAAGUUAGACGAGUUGGAAAACGAAGCUGCAGUUAUCUUGUGUCAAUUGGAGAUGUAUUUUCCUCCUUCAUUUUUUGACAUUAUGGUUCAUUUGAUUGUUCAUCUAGUAAGGGAGAUUAGAUUGUGUGGCCCAAUUUAUUUACGGUGGAUGUAUCCAAUAGAGCGAUACAUGAAGAUCCUAAAAGGGUAUACAAAAAACCCACACCGUCCGGAAGCUUCGAUUGUUGAGAGGUACAUUGCAGAAGAAGCUAUUGAGUUUUGUUCAAACUAUUUGUCAGAAGUGGAUGCUAUAGGGGUUCCCAAGUCUCGUCAUGAUGGAAGAUGUGACGGUGUGGGCACGCAAGGUUUAAAUGUCAAGAGCAUGCAUAUUGAUAUAAUUCUUCAAGCGCAUUUGUAUAUAUUGAAUAACACUGAUGAAGUUCAACCUUACUUGUCUGCUCACAAAAGCAUCAUAAAGAAAAUUCACGAUAAGAUGAAUGAAAAAUGGGUGUUAAGAGAGCAUAAUAAGAAAUUCUCAGAGUGGUUUAAAGAAAAGGUCUGCCAAGAUGAUAGUGUUUCCGAUACAAUAAAGUGGUUGUCCUAUGAGCCUAAAUGUAACAUAUUGACUUGGAGUGCAUAUGAUAUUAACAAAACUUCCUUUUAUACAAAAUCAAAGGAUGACCGCAGUACCAUGCAAAAUAGUGGGGUUAUGAUUGUGGCAGAGUCCAUGCACUUCUCUAGUUCCAAAGAUAAAAAUCCGGUUAUGGCAUCUACACCCUACUUUGGGGUGAUUGAAGAGAUCUGGGAGGUUGAUUACGUUGUGUUUAAAGUGCCUUUAUUUAAAUGUAAAUGGAUUGAUAUCAACAAUGGUGUGAGAAUUGAUGAAUUAGGAUUUACAAUAGUUGAUCUUUGCAAGUUAGCUUAUAAAGACGAACCUUUCAUCAUGGCAUCCCAAGCAAAACAAGUGUUUUAUGUCAAAGAUCCUUCUAAUGAACGGUGGUCGGUGGUUCUACAAGGAAAAAAUGUGCAUGGUAGUUAUGAAAAUCAAGAGCUUGAUAUUUCCGAAAUUCCUCCUUUCUCAUCAGAUGUGCCUACCUUCAUUGAAGAAAACGAAGAGGAUGAUGUGCAUGCAGCUAUUCGUUUAGAUCAUGACGAAGGAAUAUGGGAUUAG